AUGCCGCCAGCUUUCGAGUUUCGAGGCAACGACCGACGGUCGCACAAUAACAAUCCAAGACAUGAGUUCACUUUCCGAUAUGCGCGACCCGGGACGGCCGAACGACCGCUCUUGACUACCAAAAGAGAAACCACUCCAGAGCCCAUCUUGGGUGCUAAAACAGGAGAUGAAAAACCGGCCAUGAAAUUUGCGCCUAUUUCAAACCUCAGUGACAGCGAGGAAGCCGAGAUGGACAUGUCUGACGAUGAUCAGGACGAUGAGGCUUCGCAUCCGCGUAAGAGGCGUGCGCUAGGAACAAAUAAUGCGAUUGCUCCUACUCCUGCACCAGUCACAGCUCCAAAAUGGUCCAACCCAGAUCCUUACACUGUCCUACCCCCGCCUGAUGAGACUUUGGCGAAGAGGGUCGAUGUCGUCAAGCUGAUUCGUAAGGCGCGGAUCGCUGAGAACGCCAAGCAGACAGCACCUGCGGAUGCAGUGACGACCAACGAGGACUUUAUCUCCUUCAGUGGCUUGCUCGACGAAGAGGAAGCCAGGAUGAAAGUGCCGGACAAUGCUCCUUCGGGACCGAAACGUCUGCAAGGAAGAGACUCUGCUCUCGGGAGCCGGAAGAGAACACACGAUGACGAGAUAAAGGGCUACUCCAAGAAGACCGGACGGCCCAUGAUCAGGUUCUACGAUGAUGGCUCGAUUAUUGACGAGUGGAGAGCGCGCCCGGACGAGAAUGCAACUCCUUGGAUGUCGCUCAUGGAGCCUUCCUUGCACCUGGGUUCUCGGCUGCACAAUGAAAUUUUGAGUUUUUACCACUGGGUUAAGCCGAUGCAGUAUGAGCAGAUUGUCCGAGCAGAUUUGAUUACGAGGCUGCAGGUAGCAUUCCAAAAUAGGUACUAUGGUGUGCAACUUCGUCCGUUCGGCUCGUUCGCUUCUGGCUUGUAUUUGCCCACUGCGGAUAUAGAUCUUGUUCUGCUGUCAUCAAAUUUCAUGCGCAACGGCAUAAAGACUUUUGGUGAGCGUAAAGGACAGAUCUACGCUUUCGCAGCCUUUCUCAAGAAUCUUGAAAUAGCCGUUCCCAAUUCAAUAGAGACCAUCGCGCAUGCGCGCGUGCCGAUUCUGAAGUUUGUGGACAAGAUGACGGGCUUGCGGGUUGACCUGUCGUUUGACAAUGAUAGCGGGCUCAUCGCCAACAACACAUUUCAAAACUGGAAAUCAGAUUAUCCAGCGAUGCCCGUGAUUGUAGCGGUGCUCAAGCAAUUUCUGCUACUUCGCGGCCUUAAUGAGGUCCCAACUGGUGGUCUGGGAGGGUUCUCCAUAACCUGCCUCGUUACCAGUCUUCUUCAGCAUCUACCCCAUGGUCACACAGCGCCUAAUCUGGGUAGCAUUCUCAUGGACUUUUUCGAAUUCUACGGUAAUAAUUUCGACUUCGAGAAUGUUGGUAUUCGCCUGAAUCCACCAGGUUAUUUCAACAAGAGAGUGUACAAGGGGUUCCAAGGUAAUAAUGAUGCUCGUUUAUCAAUCGAAGAUCCCAACAACCCGGAUAACGAUGUGUCGGGUGGAACUCGGGAAAUCCAUCUGAUCUUCAAGUCGUUCUCGAAGGCAUUCCAACUUCUGAAGGAACGUAUGGUCUCCUCGGCGGUGUCUGGCGAUACAAAAGCCAGCAUUCUGCAAAGUAUCAUCGCUGCAAAUUAUGAGGAGUACACAGAGCAGCGUUCGCAACUACGUGCGGUGUUUGAGACCCAUCCCAGAUUUGCAGAGUAUCGUCGAGCUCCCACACCUCCGCCACCUCCCUCAGAGAGUCCUCCUCCGCCUCCUGCCGACCUUGCUCCUCUGCCACCUAAUCUGCCUGCUAAACCUCCUUCCGCGAAAUCUUCCAAAGCUCCUCCAGCGCCAGCAUCCAAAGACUCCAAGGAGAAGAUGACCAAGAUGCAAAGAAAGCAAGAAGCAUCGCGAGAACGGGCCGCUCGUCUUAGACGUUUGCGCCCUGAUAUACCUACUAUUCCAAACUCCAUCAGUAAUGAGCAAGCCUUGAGUUUAGGUGGUUAUAAAAGCCAAUCUGAGAUGGACAAAGAUCUCGCAAGUCGAGAAAGAGAGACGAAAUGA